UGGCAAUAGAGUGGAUCACAAUAAUCUGAUCAUGGUCCAAACCCAAAUGAGAGCCAAGUAACAGAUAGUACAGUGUGCAUUUCCGAUGGACUGAUAAAGUUCAGAAGGAGAGAGAUGGGAUGCUUAUACAACAAUAAUACCGUUGGAAUCUCCCCUCUCUUUCCAAAAACCGUUAACAAUCUUAACGGUCACAAUUUCCUCUCCACUUGCUCAUUCGAAUGGCCUAUCAGUCCAAAUCGGAAGUACCCACUUUACUUCGCUUCUUUUUCACCAUCUCCAUUUACAGUAUAUUGUAGUGGGAGUACUGGAGAUGAACCUUUGUCCACUUCCUCUGCUUAUAGUGUGCUUGGCGUUAUCCCUAACUGCUCUCCGUCCGACCUCAAAGCUGCUUUCCGGGCCAAAGUCAAACAGUUUCAUCCUGAUGUAAGAAGAGAUGGGGAAAGGUCAGAUGCAAUGAUUCGUCGUGUAAUUCAAGCCUAUGAGAUAUUAUCAAACUACAGCAAAUCAGAAAUCAUUGAGAGGGAAUGUCUGGAUCCCUUUGAUGAACCAGAAUGUGAGGCAUUUGAUCUCUUCGUUAAUGAGGUUCUUUGUGUUGGCCAAGGUUGUCCAUUUCCAUGCGUUAAGAGAGCACCCGAUGCAUUCACUUUUGCUUCUUCAACCGGAACUGCACGAGCCCUUGGUCAAGAUCAUGGUGAAGAUUACCAAGUUCAGCUUGCAGUCGGUCAGUGUCCGAGAAGUUGUAUUCAUUAUGUUACACCUGCUCAAAGAGUUGUUCUGGAGGAGCUACUUGACAGUAUCUUGAACAGACCAUAUGAUACCUCGGCUGAGGCGGACUUGCUUUAUUCGCUAAUUGUCAAAGCUAAAUUUGAGAACAAUCGUUACCAAAAGCCAAAGAAGAAACAACCAAAGGUUUCAACCAAACAUGUGGAUUGGUUUUGAAUAUGGAUUCCCACGGUGAUUUAAAGCUAGAAUCUCAUAUUCACUAACCAAAAUUGGGCAUGCAAACUACAAUGCAACUAUUUAUUUUGAAAAGAUUAGAAGCGAAUUCUCUUAACCAUGAUAAUUUUCAUCUGUACAACUAAAUGCUGCUUCUUCAAGUGUUUAUCUUGGUGCAAUGAAAUAUAAGGGAGAUGUUGGAAACACAUUUCAGCGACUGCUCUGUUGAAGAUAAGAUUCCACAACUGACAGAAUCAACAAAAUCAAUUUCAGUCUAUGCUUGAUUGCUCAUUACAAGAUCUCCUACCUUGCCCCCAUUGGAUGUAGGAAGAGCCUGACUGAUCCUUUUGGUAAGGAUACCAUUGCACAUAUGAUUUGCUUGUAGCUAUUACAAAUGAUAUGAUCAACAUUUGAUGGAGGGAACUAUACCCUAUACAUUUAGUCAUGGAAGAUAUUUUUUCUGUUUUUUUGGAGCUCUUGUUUGGUCUACCUGCAAUA